AAGUAGUACAUUUAUUUAUUUAGUUGUGCUCAACACACUUAUGACUUGGUAUCAAUUUAGACGGCGCUUUAAAUUUGUAGGUGCAUCCUCUUUGUGUCCUUUAAGCAACAACCAUCUAUUUCCUCCAUCGUGUUUGGACUCCACAUUUUCAGUAUGGUAUGACGAGGGUAUUAAACAAGUUAAAAAUCUGAAUGCCGAUGGUGUGUUUGGUAGCUUUGCCAAUCUGGAGGCAAAACCACCCCCCGGGGGGGGUGGGUUUUCAAUAUUUUUAAUUUCGUUUUCCUUUGUUAGUAUAAAAAGAAAAAAAACUGUGAAUGUUUACUGCUGUGUGUUGCUCAAUUUGUUUUUGUUUUUUUUUCAAUGGAAUAUUCGGGAAAGGGAGGGGAGGAGAGAAGAGAAAAGGUUGCGUAAGUGUGAUAUCUCAGAUGAAGGCUGUGCUGCUCUGGCUUCAGCUCUGAGAUCAAACCCCUCACACCUGAGAGAACUGUAUCUGGCUGAGAAUAAUCUAGGAGACUCAGGAGUGAAGUGUCUCUCUGCUGGACUGGAGAAUCCUCACUGUAAACUGGGGAUACUGGAGUUGGAGUGUUGUGGUGUCUCAGGUGAAGGCUGUGCUGCUCUGGCUUCAGCUCUGAGAUCAAACCCCUCACACCUGAGAGAACUGGAUCUGACUAAGAAUAAUCUAGGAGACUCAGAAGUGAAGUGUCUCUCUGCUCUGAAGAAUGAUGAACAUUACAAACUACACACACUGAGACUACCCACAUCUCUGUUCUGAGUAGAACGACCUGUGACCCCUGGACAACAUUUCCUCAGUCCCAAUGAAAACCUGAGGGAUUAUUUGGAACAGCAGGUGAAAAACCACACGGACUCCAGCUGAACCCAGUCAGUGGAAGACGGAGCUGAAAUGGACAGGAACAGUUUCAUGACAUUGGUGGGAUUCUCACCUGACAGGAUUAGCAUCUGAGGAGUUUAUGUGAAGAAGCCCCUAGGAGACUCACCACAAGUCACAUUUCUCACUCUGUCCUUUAGUUGGUGUUUAAUAUAGUGUAGAUCUUUUGGUUCCAGGAUCAGAUCUAAUCUGUUCUUUAUUUUCUCUGAUAUCUGAUCCCCAUUUCUUUGCUAGUAUCAGCUGAUCAUACCCGCUAUGGGAUCAGUGCCUUCUCUAUUACUUAAGUGUACUCUACUUGCUAUAUUUUGAAGAAGUGAAUAUAAGUACAAUAUAAUUAUAUAAUAUGAUAUUAUUUGUGCUGUGUAAAAUUAGUUCAUGUAUUUAACAUGAAUUUUUGUCUAACAAACUAUGCAAGAGCUUAUUUAAGUGUUCUAUUGUGUGGUAUUUCAGGUGUAAUGCUUAAGAGAUUGAGAGAGAAACACACACAGAUCUGGAGAAAUGCUACAGUUUUUGCAAAAAUGUUUAACAAAGGUAUUUUUUUAUUAAAUGUCAAAACAUUUCAUUAAUUCAGUUUUAUAUACCUUACAGUGAGAGUGUGUGAAUUAACAUAACUGCAGAGAGAGUGUGUGUGUGUGUGUGUGUGUGUGUGUGUGUGUGUGUGUGUGUGUGUGUGUUGAUGCCUCAACUGUUCCCUCCUUCACGAUGGCCAUCGCCAGGUUACGCGCCAGAGCCAAUCGCAGCAGCUCCUGCUUUGUGGACUCGACAUCAUCCUGAAACACACACACACACACACACACACCCCACUUCAUAUCCUGUAUACCACAGAGAUUAUUCAGAUCUGGAUUCUGAUUGGUCAGAAGGUGUUGAUUAGUUUUCUGUAACAGCAGCUCUGACAGUAUUGCAGCUGUGAGUCCCAGGUUUAUAUUAAUGCUCUGGUUCUGAUACGUUAUCGUUUCUAUAGUAAUAUGGAAGUAGAUUUGUGCCAGAUGUACCGAACAUAACUUUUUAAGAAACAGACAAAAAUAUACAAUGAUGAAGAAAAAAAACUCAAACUGAAAACAGUGAACUCUGUCAGAGAUUUAACAUGUUCUUCAAAUAAACAGCGUUCUUUGUGAA